CGGAGAAAAGAUAUAUUUAUGAUUUCCUAUAAAUAUCUAUACACAGUAGUAUUUAGUUGUAGUUAUAGUCAUAGUAGAAUUAGGUUAUCGUAUAAUAACGUGUACAUACUUCUUCUGGGACCUUCGCUUUCCCUCCUAUAUAUAUGUCUCGAUCAUUUUCGUCGUCAUUCGUUUUGCAGAGAGAUCUGAGAUUGUUUCGUUUAUCCAAAAAUGGAAGAUAAUAAAUAUAAGGAAGAAGAGAGGUUGGAGUUAUUUCAUGGGUACAGAGAACGUUUGAAAGAAGAAAUCAGAAAGAAAAGGAUGAACAAAUCAACUACUGUUCCUCCCAAUAACAUUAAUAAUUCUAGGAAAAAGCUUCAAUAUGAUAAUUAUGGAUCAUUUUUUGGCCCAUCACCAUCAUCUAAACCAGUUAAUAAUAAUAUUAUUGCUUCAAGAGUAAUUCAGGAGAUGAGUAAGUCAAUAACUUCAUUAUUAUCAUCUCCCAAAGUUGUGACUGAUGAUGAUGAUGAUGUUAAAACUAAAGUUCAGAAACUAAAAGAUUCAAGAGACUAUUCCUUUUUAAUGAAUGAUGAUGAUGAUGAUGAUCAAAUGUCAAUGAAAACUAAACAAGCAUUGGGAAAUAAUGUUAGUCAUGCAAAAAAGACAUCAUCAACUCCUAUGAGUGGACACUCUAGUAGAUUACCUUCACCAAGUAGUAGGCUCACUUGGCCACCAAUGGAUUCUACAAGACAGCAUAGUAGCAAUAAUGGAACUGGGCCUAGUCGGCCUAGUAUCAAAAACGGAACUGGGCCUAGUCGGCCUAGUAGCAAUAAUGGAACUGGGCCUAGCCGACCUAGUAGCAAUAAUAGAAUUGAGUCUGGUCGGCCUAGUACCAGUAAUAGAACUGAGCUUGGCCGACCUAGUAUCAGGAGUAAUGGAACUGGGCCUAGCCGACCUAGUAGCAAUAAUAGAAUUGAGUCUGGUCGGCCUAGUACCAAACGGACUAAGAGUUCAAUUUCUUGUCCCAAGAACUCAUCCAUGCCAAGUAUGCAAAAAUCCCUUUCUUCAAAGUUGCAACCCUCUAUUUCUAGGCAGCAACAGUUAGAGGUUGUUGCUAAGGCUAAAUUGUUGUCAAGACCUCAGAUCAACAAGCCACAAAAACAAAGUUCAUCCCACCUUACAUCAUAUAAUGACAACUGCCCCAAGAAAAAGCCAAUGAAGCAAUACUCUGACGAUGAGGGUGAUGAGGGUGAGGAUUACCAAGCCAUUAGUAUGAUGAUCAGACAAAUGUUUAGGUAUAAUCCUAACAAAUUCGUUGGUCGUGAUGAUGAUGAUAGCAACAUGGUGGCCAACUUUGACGAUAUUCAAAGAGAAGAGAAAAGAAGUGAGAGAAUGGGGAGAAGAAAAGACAAAAAAGAGCAACUUUUGAUAGAGGAAGAAGAAAGAAGAGAGAGAGAAGCUAAGAUGAGAAGAUUAAAGAAGCUAAAGUUUGAGCAUUAGAAGUAUUAAUAUUUGAUAUUGAGUCUUGAGAAUGGUGGAAUUAUACAAUCUGAUUUUCCUUCUAUUUUUAAAAAAUAUUUCUACUAUCACUUAUUUUAAACUUUAAUUUUAGUUAAUGAACAAGCCCAUAAUGCUUUUUUUUUAAGAAAAACUUCAUUGUAAUACUUAUUGUAUAUUUUAAGUACAUUAAUCUUUUAAUAAUUGAUUUCUUAUAUUUUUAAUUUAUUUUUUUAUGCUCACAUUGUUUUACUAUUGUUUUUUUUAAGAAAAAAAUUACAUUUGUAAUUAACUUAAGAUAAUGUUACACUAAAUUGAUUUUCAAUUAAAAUAAUUAAACAUUAAUCAUA